UUUGAAGAAAGAAAGAAACAAUUCAUUCGAUGAAGGAAAUCACUGAGAAAAGCUCCGAUUCGAUUCAGAGAAAUUAUCGCCGGAGAAAAUUGAGGACGACGCCGCCGAUGAGAACCUUAAGUUCGGAAAAAACCGAUUACGAAUCCGAUGAUUGUCGUAAUAGUAAAAGAUUAAUGCAUCGAAAGAGAUCGGGAUCUUUUAAAUUCACAGACGCCAUCGUUCCCAGCGGCGAAUCGAGUCGAUCGGAAGAAUCACCGCCGAACAUUUGCAAGACGGAGAAACUCGAUGGUGAUGAUGAGGAAAUGAAUAUUUUCCCUUACGUAUCGAACGGUUGGAUUUCUGUGAUAGGAAGGCGGCGCGUGAUGGAAGACGCGGUAGCGGUGGCUGAGAUAUUAGAUUCGUCUUAUCAUUUCUUCGGUGUUUACGACGGUCACGGGGGAUCUGACGUGGCGAAUGCUUGUCGAGAUCAGUUACAUCGUAGGGUUGAGGCUGGGAUUGGGGGUUGCGAUGGUGGAAUUGUGGAUUGGAAUGAGGUUAUGAGGUAUUGUUUCAUGAAAAUGGAUGAGGAGGUUGGAGGGGGAAGCGGUUGCGGCGGUGAGAUUAUUCAUGAUGUGGGUAAAGCUAUGUCGGUUAAUACGGUGGGUUCGACUGCGAUGGCGGUGGUUGUGGGUAAAGAGGCUAUUGUUGUGGCUAAUUGUGGUGAUUCUAGAACUGUCCUCUGUCGUGAUACUAUUGUUGUGCCUCUUUCACGUGACCACAAGCCUGAUUUGCCGGACGAGAGGCAGAGAGUUGAGGCUGCCGGAGGGAGAAUCAUCAACUGGAAUGGCUACCGUGUCCUCGGAGUACUCGACACUUCAAGAUCAAUUGGGGACCAUUAUUUGAAGCCAUUUGUGAUAUCAGAACCUGAGGUGUGUAUAUACGAAAGGAGUGAAUCAGAUUCAUUCCUAAUAAUAGCAAGUGAUGGUUUAUGGGAUGUAAUGACAAACGAGUUUGCUUGUGAAAUUGUUCGAAGUUGUUUCGAUGGUAAUUUCACAACAAUGUUUCCCGACAAAACUAAUUUUGUCCCCCAAACUAUUACCACUACUCCGACCACAGCUGCCUCUGCUUCAGAGGCAGCUGCUUUGUUGGCCGAGCUCGCCAUGGCUCGUGGUAGCAAAGAUAAUAUCACUGUCAUAGUCGUCGAUCUCAACAAACCAUCAAUAUCUAAUAAUUAAUUAAAUUAAUUAUUAUUAUUAUGUUUUUAAGUAGAAAUAGUGCCACGUUAAUUAGGAUGGUUGUUUGUAAAAUAUUCAAGUUCGUGCAUGGCUCUACGUGUUUUUUUUUUCUCUUUUAUAUGUACAAAGAGUUUUUGUUAGAAGAGAUAUAAUAUAUAUAACAAUGGGGCAUGCAGUUUAAUUAA